CACAUCCAGUUUCAUUCUGGCUUCAGUUCACAGUGCUCCAAGCAUGGCGGACACCGGUGUGGUGGAGAUCCUCCUGCAGCGUGUCGAGAAGGCGGACGGCGGCGUGGACAGCGUGGAUGUGGCGGCCAGCCUCGGGGUGGACCACCAGGUCAUCGUCGGAGCCGUGAAGAGUCUGCAGGCACUUGGCGAAGUCAUCUCAGCCGAGCUGCGCUCCUCCAAGCACUGGGAGCUGACGGCGGAGGGCACCGAGAUAGCCGAGCAAGGCAGCCAUGAAGCCCGGGUCUUCAACUCCAUCCCCCCGGAGGGUCUGGCUCAGGCUGAGCUCAUGCAACUGCCCUUUGGGAAGAUUGGCUUCAGCAAGGCCAUGUCCAACAAGUGGAUCCAACUGGACAAGGCCCACGAGGGCGGUCCCAGGAUAUUCAGGGCUGCGGAGAGCAUAGAAGAUCAGGUCAGACAGAAGCUGCUCCAGGUGCAGAAAGGCAACAGCAAUGAGCUGGAAGAGAAGGAAAGGAAUGAACUGAAGAAGAGAAAGCUGCUCUCUGAAGUGACGGUGAAGUCUUACUGGAUCACUAAAGGCAGCUCCUUCAGCACCACCGUGAGCAAACAGGAAACGGAGCUCACCCCCGAGAUGAUCGCCACUGGCAAUUGGAAAGAUAAGACUUUCAAGCCGUACAACUUUGAGGCCAUGGGCGUGGCCCCUGACUGCGGUCACCUGCACCCCCUGAUGAAGGUGCGAUCCCAGUUCAGGCAGAUCUUCCUGGAGAUGGGUUUCACCGAAAUGCCGACCAACAACUUCAUCGAAAGCUCUUUCUGGAACUUCGACUCCCUGUUCCAGCCUCAGCAGCACCCGGCCAGAGACCAGCACGACACCUUCUUCCUGUCCGACCCAGCGCACGCCCUCGAGUUCCCACAGGAAUACCUGGAGAGAGUGAAGAAGAUCCACUCAGAAGGAGGCUAUGGUUCACAAGGGUACAAGUACGACUGGAAAAUUGAAGAGGCUCAGAAAAACAUACUCCGCACUCACACUACAGCAGUCAGCGCUCGCAUGUUGUACAAACUCGCGCAACAGGAGAAGUUCACACCCGUCAAGUACUUCUCUAUCGACCGGGUGUUCAGGAACGAGACCUUGGAUGCCACCCAUCUGGCCGAGUUCCACCAGAUCGAGGGUGUGGUGGCCGACCGCGGGCUGACAUUGGGAGACCUCAUGGGUGUCCUGCAUCAGUUCUUCACCAAAUUGGGAAUCACCAAACUACGCUUCAAGCCUGCCUUCAACCCAUACACAGAGCCCAGCAUGGAAGUGUUCAGCUACCAUGAAGGUUUGGAAAAGUGGGUAGAAGUAGGAAACUCUGGGGUCUUCAGACCAGAAAUGCUGCUGCCCAUGGGUCUCCCCAAGGAUGUGUCCGUGAUCGCCUGGGGCCUGUCUCUGGAAAGGCCCACCAUGAUUAAAUACGGCAUCAACAACAUCAGGGAGCUGGUGGGACACAAGGUGAACCUACAGAUGGUCUACGACAGUCCGAUAUGUCGACUGGAAUCCUGAGUUACACCCAGCUAUCAUUAUUAAUGCUAUGGAAGGACCCAUUUUGUCUCAUUACACCUCAGUUCUGUUUCUCACUUUUUCUCUAUACAUAUUAUACUUCAGAUAGAUCUUAAAAUAUUUUUCAAAGGGCUUUAACACAUUGUAGCAGCAUUUUUAUGCCAAGUCCACAGGCUGCUGCCAAGCAGAACAUACAAGUUACAUACAGCUGUUGUUUUUUUUAACUGUGCCCUAGUUACUACACCAAAUCAGCUUCUUGUACGGGAAAGUAAUAAAAUUCUGGGAUUGUAAUAAAGCUUAAAUAUAAUGCAUUUUCCAACUAUCA